GCAAUUUCAAUUUUUGCUGGGUCAAACAAUUUUUUUCAUCUUCACAAAAAGAAGCUGGCCACCUGUAACCUUUGUCAUAUUGUGAAAUAUCAUGGACACAAACACCCGGCUAUGAUGCAGGACCUUUGGAAAGAGGUCACAGAACAAUUUAUACUUGACCCCCUGUUAGGUUUGCGCAACUGUCCCGGACUUUCAACAUCUUUCCUCGGGUGGCCAAUCAAACUGAAUCUUAAGGGCGAACAAUUGAUUUCUGUUCUGAUUGAUGCAAUCGUUUACUCAAGGUUUUUACGCGCGCUUAGCCCUCAGAUGUCUUAACGCGCCAAAAUAAUGGAUAACAUUGACCGAGAUUACAUUGUAAAUGUGGCUAAACAACAUAAAAACUUCAAGGAAAUUAGCGAGUUUUUGAAAGCGACAAAUCCUGGUGUUCGUGGAUUUUCUGAACGUUCGGUUAAACGUUACUGUUCGAAACAUGACAUCCGCCUACGUAUAAACCAACAAAAAAUAGAGAACAUCGUGGCUUCAGCUGUUAAAGAGGUAUUGACCACAUAUUGCAUGUUUGACCAAGUUCGGGUGGACCACGGGAGAGAAUUUUUUCUCAUGCUGGGGAUGCAGGAGUAUCUGGCAAAUAUUCGUGGUGACCAAUUAAGUUUACCUUAUCAACAAACAGAAUCGAAAAGGAAUCUACCAAUUGAAAGAUUUUGGGUUGAAGUUAAUGGUCGAGUUAAUUAUCCAAUCAAAUCAAUACUAGUCGACAUGGACAAUUCAUUGAUUAUAGACAUGGAUAACAAUAUUCAUAAGUUCUGCGUUUCUUUUGUCACCUGCAAAGUUGCAAACUUUGGGCUGCAAACAUUGGUAAGAGCCUGGAACUGUCACCCAAUACCUGGUAGAGGAGUUCCAUUGAAUAUUAAAGAGAUGACAACUCGAUAUCCUCCAGUGCAGCAGAGUAAUGUCCCAGACACCGCAACAGCUAUGCAAAUAUACAACCAAACAUAUCAAGGACGGAUUUCUGAGCCUAACCAAUUCGGUGACGAUCCUUUAAAAGACCAUCCACAGUUUUUAGCUAAUCGAAACAGAGAGUUUAAUGAAAUCUGUAAUAUUGAACAAAUUUAUAACGAUGUUGUGAACGAAAAUGAUAGAUCGUUUCGACAUGCCGUACAUUGUUUUAUUGAUAUCACUGAAAGAUACAACGCUCUUUUGUAAAAUUGUCUUGUUGCUUUCGCGCUCACUUCUGCAUUGUUAUCAGGAAAAAAUUUGAGUGGGAGAAAAAGUUUUAGUCUUCCUAGUAGGGAUUAACUUUCCAAAAAAAUAUUCAAACGAAACAUAAGAAUUUUUUUGUAAAAAGCAUUUGAAUUAAUUUUUAUCUCCUUUGACGUUUGUUACCCUGUUGUUGGU